AAAGAGAAACACAAAAAUGUGGAGAAUGCCAUUUUAUGUGCAAAGGAAGAUGGAUUUGAGAUUCGAGAAUUUCCUGAAAAAGGUCGAGGAGUUGUAACCACUAAGCCACUUAAAAGAGGGGAUUUUGUUCUGGAGUAUCAUGGUGAACUCAUUGACUAUACCGAAGCAUGUAAAAGAGAGAGGCUUUAUGCUAUGAAGGAAAACACUGGUUGCUACAUGUAUUACUUCAAGUACAGAAACAAACGUUAUUGUAUUGAUGCCACUAAAGAAUCUGGUAGAUUGGGCCGACUGGUGAAUCACAGUAAAAAAGGGAAUCUAAAGACUCAGCCCAUUUUCUUGCAAGACUGUCCUCAUUUGGCUCUCUUUGCUGGCAAGGACAUUGAAGCCGGUGAAGAGCUCACUUAUGAUUAUGGUGACCGAAGUAAAGAGGCCCUGGAGUUCCACCCAUGGCUGGCAUUAUAGUAAUACAGAUUCUUGUACGAUGUGUGUUCUUGUAUAUAGUUUUAUUGCAUUUUCCCAUCUGUUUAUUCAUGAAUCCAUCACUUUUAAUAAUAAAAACAAAGUAGUUUUUACCACAA